UUAAAAUUGAUUCACCGAUAAUAAUGGGUAUUGUUUGCUUUACAUUCGCUGUGUUUCUAUAUGGAUCAGUUUCCUUGGCAUUUACAGAGAAAUGCUCACUGCCCAUACCACAAGAAGAUCCUGACAUUUCGAAGAUGACAGACACAGUAUGGUAUCUCGGAGUGCAAACUAACGACCCUGUGGCUGCUGAUGUAACAUGUGUCCGAGUGUACAACAUUACAAAAUCUUCCGCAGGAUUUAAUGCUGCUACAGAUGAAUUUGGUGCUGGGUCUGACAGAACCGAUUUUAUCAGCCACUUUACACGUCAAAGUCUGGGCGUUUAUCACGAAAAUAAUGAAGACGAACCAUCUUUAGAAGCCGCACACGAGCACACUUUAGAAGGAAAAUUUAAUGCCGAAGCGCGUAAAAUGGAUGACGAAAUCUUGCUUAAGGACGAUAACGUGUUUCUAACCGAUUACGCCAAUUAUUUGACAGUCAUGCAGUGUCCUGCAGAGGGAAAAUGGAUCAUCUUGAAUUAUUUCAAGCAACCACAGCCGUCUCUAGAUAGUGUCAUCAAAUUCUACAAUAAACUUCAUGAACUUGGUGUCUCUGCUCGUUUCCAUGCAUCUCGUUGCAAUGAAAAAGAUUUUACCGAAUAA